CCCUACUUCUGGGCUUCUGUUUGAUCCUGCUGAGUGAUUUACUUGUUCAGAACAUAAAUUUGGUUCUUUUAAUAGUUUUGGUGAUUUGGGUUUUUUUUGGUUUUCCAAGUUCUUGAUAAAAUUCCUGAAUAUGGGUAAAGGAGGAGGAUGUUUUCCGAGCAAAACAAGGGUUCUUGUCGGUGCAUCUGAGCAUGAAGAAAGGCUCAACCAAGCAAGCGACGAAUCAAUCUCAGUCACAGUUGAGGGUCAGAGCCAUAAUAGUACUGAAGCAGGGGCUAAUAAUUUACAAGAUGGAGGAGCUUUGGGAACAAGUACAAAGAAAUUGAGAAUCUUUAUCGUGUUUUAUUCGAUGUAUGGGCACAUAGAAGGUUUAGCAAAGAGGAUGAAGAAAGGGGUUGAUGGAAUUGAUGGCGUUGAAGCGGUUUUGUACAGAGUUCCUGAGACGUUGGAUGCUCAGGUUUUGGAGCAGAUGCAGGUGCCCGAUAGAGAUGAUGGGAUUCCGGUGAUCUCGGCGGCGGAAUUGGUGGAGGCCGAUGGGAUAUUGUUUGGGUUUCCGACGAGAUAUGGAUGCAUGGCUGCACAAAUGAAGGCAUUUUUUGACUCGACUGGGAAGUUGUGGACGGAGCAGAAACUCGCCGGGGUACCCGCCGGAUUCUUUGUUAGUACUGGAACCCAAGGAGGUGGACAGGAGACAACUGCAUGGACAGCUAUUACCCAGUUAGUCCACCACGGUAUGAUCUACGUUCCAAUUGGAUACACAUUCGGAGCAGGAAUGUUUACGAUGGACAAUAUCAGAGGAGGUUCCCCUUAUGGAGCAGGAGUUUUUUCCGGAGAUGGCACGAGAGAGCCAAGUGAAACAGAGCUUGCUCUUGCAGAGCAUCAGGGACAGUAUAUGGCAACCGUGGUGAAGAAGUUCUCCCAACCUCAUUCCAUGACGAAUGGGCAUAGUAGCAGUAGCUAGCAAAGCUACUUCUUUUGCAUUCUUUUGUUUUUUCAUCCUUUUUUGUUAGGUGGUUAGUCAUACAGUUUUGCUUUCUGUUCCAUAUAAGAAGGUAGAUAGAGAGUGAUUGCUUGUCUCAUAGUCAUUUGAGUAAAUUUUUACAGGAUGACCUCAUUGUUUUGUAAAAAUUAUAAACCUUUCUUUGACUUUUGUACAUUUGAACUUCUUGUGAUGCAUAUAUAUCAAACAUUUGUGAAUUUAGUGUAUAGGAAAUAUUCGAGUGACCAUUGCUA